UUGGCGCUUGGUGGCAGAAGCCGUGUUCUGACGCAACGUGGACUUGUUUACUAUCUUUGACAGCACCCUCGGUUUAUUAAGUGAAUGUUAGGUAUAUAAUCUAUAGCUACUGAUAUUAAACCGGACUCAUUAUAAAAAAGAAGAGAUGGGGAAACCAAAGAAAAAAAGUGACCUCAGUCGAGCUGAGCUGAUGAUGAUGACAAUUGCUGACGUCAUCAAGCAGCUUGUUGAAGCCCACGAAGAAGGCAAGGACAUCAAUCUCAACAAAGUCAAAACCAAGACAUCAGCCAAAUACGGACUUGAAGCUCAGCCCCGGUUGGUGGACAUCAUCGCAGCUGUUCCACCACAGUACCGUCGUGUGCUGGUACCCAAACUCAAGGCCAAACCCAUCCGCACUGCUAGCGGGAUUGCAGUGGUUGCUGUAAUGUGCAAGCCACAUCGAUGUCCACACAUCAGCUUCACAGGGAACAUCUGUGUUUAUUGUCCUGGUGGACCGGAUUCUGACUUUGAGUAUUCGACACAGUCUUACACUGGUUAUGAACCAACAUCAAUGAGAGCCAUCCGUGCUCGGUACGACCCAUACCUCCAGACAAGGCACAGAGUAGAGCAGCUGAAGCAGCUGGGCCACAGUGUUGACAAAGUGGAGUUCAUCGUAAUGGGUGGGACUUUCAUGGCUCUGCCCGAGGACUACAGGGACUACUUCAUUAGAAACCUGCACGACGCCCUGUCGGGACACGCCUCAAACAAUGUGGCCGAGGCUGUCAGGUACUCGGAGCGCAGUAACACCAAGUGCGUGGGAAUCACUAUCGAGACGCGGCCAGACUACUGCCUGAAGAGACACCUCAGUGAUAUGCUGAGUUACGGCUGCACGCGGCUGGAGAUAGGCGUCCAGAGUGUGUACGAGGACGUGGCCCGUGACACAAACAGAGGCCACACGGUGCGAGCCGUGUGCGAGUCCUUCCACCUGGCAAAGGACGCCGGUUUCAAAGUGGUCGCCCACAUGAUGCCGGACCUUCCCAAUGUGGGCAUGGAGAGGGAUGUGGAGCAGUUCAUCGAGUUUUUUGAGAAUCCGGCCUUCAGACCAGAUGGUUUGAAGCUUUACCCGACGCUGGUGAUCCGAGGCACGGGGCUGUAUGAGCUGUGGAAGACCGGCCGCUACAAGAGCUACACCCCCAGUGCACUCGUGGACCUAGUUGCCCGUAUCCUGGCACUGGUACCACCCUGGACGCGUGUCUACAGAGUACAGCGGGACAUCCCCAUGCCACUGGUGAGCUCCGGAGUGGAACAUGGCAACCUGAGAGAGCUGGCUCUGGCCAGGAUGAAGGACAUGGGCACUGAGUGUCGAGAUGUGAGAACCAGAGAAGUCGGCAUUCAAGAAAUCCACCAUAAGGUCCGACCGUAUCAGGUGGAGCUAGUGAGGAGGGACUACGUGGCCAACGGCAGCUGGGAGACCUUCCUCUCCUACGAGGACCCGGAGCAGGACAUCCUGAUCGGACUGCUGCGUCUGCGCCGCUGCUCUCCGCAGUCUUUCCGCCCGGAGCUGAAAGGAGGCGUGUCCAUCGUGCGUGAGCUGCACGUGUACGGCAGCGUUGUUCCCGUCAGCGGCCGAGACCCCAGCAAGUUCCAGCAUCAGGGCUUUGGUAUGAUGCUGAUGGAGGAGGCAGAGAGGAUCGCCAGAGACGAGCACGGGUCUGGAAAACUAGCUGUUAUCUCAGGUGUAGGGACGAGGAACUACUACAGGAAGAUGGGCUACGAGCUGCAGGGACCGUACAUGGUGAAGGACCUGUUUGCACCUGAAACGGACUGAACGACUGAAGCAGUAAUUUUUUAGAUUUAAUCUGAACGGACUCGUUACGGACGCAACACUGUUCAACAUUACGGUUCUCCAAAGAGGUUCGGCCUGGAUGGUCCUCGUGAGUAGUUUCUUUGAGUGACCUUUACCUUCCUCAUAUUUUAAACCAGCCUUGCCUCAACCUGAGGGAUUUUUUUUUUUUUGCCCGGAGAAUUAUGGGAUAUUUUCUCUUUUUUUUUUUUGACCAUUCUCUGUGAAACCACACGAAUGGUUGUGAGGAAGAAUCCGAGAAGAUCAGCAGUUAAAUACUCGAUACAGGCACAGAUGAAGUACUUAAUGAAGUGGCCAGUGUUCUCGGAGUGAGUUGUCGAUCCAGGAUAAAACCCGUGAUCAAUCACUGUUUGAGUAAAGAGCGUUUCAUUUCUGAUCCAAUCUUAAUCCGUCACCAGGCAAGUGUUGUGUCGCCGUUGUCAUCGUGUCAGAUUCAUAAAACAGAUUUAAUUUAAAAUCAAUGAUUUACCUUAAAUGUCAAUGGGCUGUUUUUUUUUAAGCAAAUAAAAACAUAUAUCGUUCACGAU